AUGGGCAAGAGCUUUCCUUAUACCGAAGAGGCCAAGGCUGACCUGUGGACUGUCCUAUGGGAAGACGACAAGGGCACGUACCCCAUCGGAUACAUGCUCGACCGUGUGUUCCGCGAGCUGAUCAAGGUGCCGCACUUCAUCAUCGGCGAUGUGGACUUUAACGCCGAUGACCGGACUGUGAAGCUCCUCCGGGGGGUCGACACGGAGCCCGAGCGCACGGCGAAGCUGGCCCAGCUGUGGGACCACCUGCGCAAGAACGACACCUUCAAGCUUCUGCGCGGGUGGCGCAACGAGCUGUGGCCCGUGUACGGCCGCGACGGCUCCCUCCUGUUCAGCAUGGAGAGGGUGGCCAUUAGCAUCAUAGGGGCGAUGCAAUACGGCGUGCACAUGACGGCGUACGUGCGGGACGAGACAGCCCCCUUUGGCAUCAAGGUCUGGGUGCCCCGCCGCGCGGCCAAUAAGUCCACCUUCCCCGGCAUGCUGGACAACACCGUCGCGGGCGGGCUGAGUACGGGUGAGAUGCCCCUCGACUGUAUCGUGCGCGAGGCAGAGGAAGAGGCCAGUCUGCCCGCCGACCUGGUGCGGUCGGGCGCUAAGCUCGUCAACGUCGUCACAUACACAUAUGUCACCACCGAGGAGUAUAUGGGAGACGGCGGCUUCGUGCACCCAGAGUGCCAGUGGCUGUACGACCUAGAGCUACCCGAGGGUAUCGUCCCCCAUCCCAAUGAUGGCGAGGUCCAGGAGUUCAAGCUGUACGACGUCGACCAGGUGGCUGCCCAGCUGGCGAAUGGGGAGUACAAGCACGACUGCGGGCUUAUAAUCAUCGACUUCUUCAUCAGACAUGGCAUCCUUACCGAGGCGAAUGAGCCGGAUCUGAAGGAGAUUCAGCGCAGGAUCCAUCGUGAGAUGCCCUUUCCUGGUCCUCGCUGGGACAAGUAUCUUAUCAAAGUAUAG